AUGGAGCCACCGCAACAUCAUCAACAUCAUCAAGCCGACCAAGAAAGCGGCAACAACAACAAGUCCGGUUCUGGUGGGUACACGUGUCGACAAACCAGCACGAGAUGGACACCGACGACGGAGCAAAUCAGAAUCCUCAAAGAUCUUUACUACAAUAACGGAGUCCGGUCACCAACAGCCGAUCAGAUCCAGAAGAUCUCUGCAACGCUGAGACAGUACGGAAAGAUCGAGGGCAAAAACGUCUUUUAUUGGUUUCAGAACCAUAAGGCUCGUGAGCGCCAGAAGAAGAGAUUCAACGGCACGACCAUGACCACCACACCAACGUCCUCAUCGCCCAACUCUGUAAUGAUGGCUAGUGAUCAUUUUCAGCAUAACCAUCAUCAUCCUCUUCUUCACCAUAACCAUCAUCAUCAUGGCGUUACCAUGCAGAGACCUGCUUCGUUCAACGUUAAACGUGACCAAGAAAAUCAUCUGCUUCAUCAGAACAGAUCAUAUCCCAGCUUCAAUAACGGGAACUUAAAUCAUGCAAGUUCAGGUACUGAAUGUGGUGCUCUUAAUGCUUCUAAUGGCUACAACAUGAGUAGCCAUGUCUAUGGAUCUAUGGAACAAGAUUGUUCUAUGAGUUACAACAACGUUAACGUAGGAGGUUGGACAAACAAUAUGGAUCAUAAUCAUCAUUACUCGGCUCCAGCUUACAAUUUCUUCCAUAGACCAAAGCCUCUGUUUGGUCUAGAAGGUCAUCAAGAUCAAGAGGAACAUGGUGGCGAUGCUUAUCUGGAACAUAGACGUACGCUUCCUCUCUUCCCUAUGCAUGGUGAGGAUCAUAUCAAUGGCGCUGGUGGUGGCAUCUGGAAGCAUGGACAAUCGGACGGUCGUGAUUUUUAUGGUAGAGACCCUCAUGACUCUCUCAAGCUAUGUCUUAACUCGUACGCCGGCGAAUAA